CUGACUCCCUCGCUGCCACCGGUCGCUUCUCAUUCAGCCGCUCGCCGCUCACAGCCUGCCUUCGGAGCAGACAGCCGGCUCAAACAUGACCUGGGGACGCCUACUGCUGCUCUGCUCGGCCGUGUCCUGGGCCGGGGCGGCCGUGCCCACUCAGUCGUCGGACGACAGUAUCACCUUCCAGUAUCACCAGCACCCGGAGCUGCGCGAAGUCCUGGUCGGAGUGUGGCUCCAGUGCCCCAGCAUCAGCCGCAUCUACACGGUGGGCAAGAGCAUCGAGGGCCGGGACCUGCUGGUCAUCGAGAUGACAGACCAUCCCGGGAAGCAUGAAGCCGGAGAGCCAGAAUUUAAAUACGUUGGCAACAUGCAUGGGAACGAGGCAGUGGGAAGAGAGCUGCUUGUCUUCUUGGCACAGUAUCUGUGCAAUGAAUACCAGAAAGGAAAUGAAACGAUUGUCAGACUGAUUCACAGCACACGGAUUCACAUUAUGCCCUCCAUGAAUCCUGAUGGGUUUGAGAAGGCAUUUUCACAGGUGAAUGAUCUGAAGGACUGGUUAGUGGGCCGCACCAACGCGCGCGGAAUAGACCUCAACAGAAAUUUCCCUGAUCUCGACAGGAUAGCUUACGUUUAUGAACAGGAAGGAGGACCCAAUAACCAUCUUCUGAAAAACAUGAAGCUUUCUGUGGACAAAAAUACAAAGCUCGCUCCUGAGGUAAAAGCCGUCAUUCACUGGAUCAUGGACAUUCCAUUUGUGCUCUCUGCAAAUCUUCAUGGUGGUGAUGUUGUAGCAAACUAUCCUUACGAUGAGACUCGAACAGGUUCUUCACAUCAAUAUAGUGCAUGCCCAGAUGACAAGAUUUUUAAAAGCUUGGCUGAAGCUUAUGCUUCUUUAAAUCCAGUCAUGUCAAACCCUAAUAGACAACCAUGCCGCAAGGAUGAUGAUGACAGCAGCUUUAUUAAUGGAACAACAAAUGGAGGAGCUUGGUAUAGUGUUCCAGGGGGUAUGCAAGAUUUCAACUACCUGAGCAGUAAUUGCUUUGAGAUCACAUUGGAACUAAGCUGCAUCAAAUUCCCACCAGCAGACACACUUUCACUAUACUGGGAUGAGAAUAAAGACUCUCUCAUUAAUUACAUUCAGCAGGUCCACCGUGGCAUUAAAGGUUUUGUCCGUGAUUAUCAUCAGAACCCAAUUGCUAAUGCUACCAUAUCCGUGGAAGGCAUAAAUCAUGAUAUCACCUCUGCAAAAGAUGGUGAUUACUGGAGGCUUCUCGCUCCUGGAAACUAUAAAAUCACAGCUUCUGCUCCUGGCUAUCUGGCAAUAACUAAAAAAGUGGCAGUUCCUUCUAGCCCAGCUGUAGAGCUUGACUUUAGCCUUGAGUCAUUUUCUGAGCGAAAAGAAGAGGAGAAAGCAGAAGUAAUGCAAUGGUGGAAGAUGAUGUCUGAAACGCUGAAUUUUUAAAGAGAAGGAUUCUGCUCAUGCUUUCAUGGGAAGUGUGCAGCAACUUGAUCCUUUUUUAAGAAUCAUUUAAUUAUUUAUCUUUGAUGUUUUAGUAGUACUUGAGGACAUUAAUGUAGGAAGUGAUGCCUUGAGGUAAGGUGUUCAAUCUGAUGUCCCUCCUAUCUUAUUCAAGCCACUUCAGCUGGAAUAUAUGUUAUUUGCCAGUGAUUGCAUUUGCUCGCCUUACUGAAAGAUGGUUUCCCUUCCUCCAUGGUCUUUGUUAGAUAUAUGUGACUACUGCUACUGUAUGUGUUUGUAUCUCUAUGUAGUAAUCCAUUAAAAGAUUCCACAUGGUGUGUCAUAACCGACAAUAUCAGGUACUGCUUGGAAUUCUCUGGAGUAACUCAUGACAAAUGAAGUUUGUAAGAUCUUGGUGGAUUUAUCUAACUGUCUAUUGAAGGUAUUCGUGUUGAAAUGGAAAGUCUGCUUUGGGGUAAAGUGAAGGGAAGCUGUCACAUCAAAACUGAUGUUGAUUCAUGUAUAAAAAUGUUAAUUUUCUGUCAUGGAUAGAAUAUCAUCUGUACAUUGUAAGCUUGUAUUUAAUCAAUCCUACAGUAACUGACAUUUUUGCAAGAGUUCCUAAACUAUGAAAUUGAGCACUUGACAGAAGCAAUUAUUUCUCAAGUUCAUAAUGUAAAACAAGUUGUGCAUUACUGUUCUAACUUUAAUCAUAUGUGAAGAUCUGAAACCAAGUUACUAAACUAGGGUGGUAAACGAUUUAAAGGUUUAAUUUGUAUCUCUAAGGAAUGUAAAUGUAUUAAAUAUAUGUGUGUCAACAGUAUAACUCAACAACCAUGUCUUUCAUUUGGUUGUUAGUUAAGCUGAACAAAGUGAACACAUGAUGGUAUGGUUAAUCUGAUGAUCUCUGUCCUCAUAAGCAUGUGGCAUUAGAAUGUUCAUAAUGCUAAUAGUGUUCAUAGAAAGAUACUGUACACUGUUUCUAUAGACUGAACAUUAUAUUGUUACCUCCAGAAGUAGUGGAGAAUAGCACCUGCGUAUACUCAUGAUCAUAUAUAAUUCAAAACGUACUGAACUGUAAUUUGUGGUUUUUUGUUUGUUGUGUUUGAGAUAAAAAUUAAUUGUUGCCCAAUAA